AUGGUUCCUCUGUGUCAGCUCUUCCUCCAGCCAGCCGGGCGCCUGGAGGGCCAGUACGGCCCGUCGUCUACCUGUAUCGCCUGGAAGGAGCAGGUCCACCUGAGCUCUGAAGUGCGGUCCCUUCUCCAGUGUCCGUCGGCAGACAGCAGCUUCCUGCCCCUCCAGGUGACCACCUUGGCCACACCAGAUCAUCUGUCCUUCAUUUCCUCCCAGCGAGAGGACGACUGGGACCCUGCCUACGUCAUCCACCUCCACCCAGCUGUGACCCUCCGGAACCUUCUGCCUUACAGCAUCAGAUAUCUACUGGAGGGCUCAGCAGAGUUCCAUGAGCUCCAGGAGGGCAGCACGGCAGACGUCCUGAACGCCCGUAUAGGAGGUGAGAUCAUGGAGAUGGUCCUGGUUAAAUACCAGGGUCGGAACUGGUCCGGACGUAUCCGUGUCGCCCAGGACAUGCAGGAGUUCUUCCCCGUGUGCUUCACCUGCGACUCGGCCGAGAAGCUGAGCGUGGACCUGAGCGCGACGUGGCGCCGCUGCAUGGGACGCCUGACGCUGGCUGUGUUCAGCCCGCAUUGGUAA